AUGCUGGAGACGCGCUGGGCCGGGGUCACAGCGAGCCGGGUGGCCCCCUCCUCGCCCACACCCCCUGGCCGCCGGUCCCACUCACCGGCUCGCCGGCGAAGGUCUCCUUGGGUGCCUCCCGCUGCGCCAGAGGCCAAAGUCUGCACCUGUGGGCUCCGGGGCCAAUCCGGAACUCCCAGCGCAGCGCCGAACCACAACAACUUUCGUCGCCUGGGCAACCGCCGGGUGGCCAACCGGCGGGCGCGGCUAGAGCGCAGCAGCCAAUCAGGGAAGCCUGUGGGGUCGCAGCAGACCAAUCGGAGCCAGGGGCGGAGCGCGGGCUCUACUAGUCAACUGCCCGCGACCUGGGUGGCCCUGUCUUGGAGGGUUGUUCUCGGUGUGUUUGUGCUGACGAUUCUGCUGACAGGAUUUGCACACCGCGCGUGGCUUAAAGACAGAGAACUUUCUCGGAAACCCCGAGGGUUUUUCAAGGGGAUUGCAGAGCGAGUCUCCAGGCUCCACGGCUACCAGGCCCGACUCCGGAUGCCAAGGGAGCACCUGGAACGGCUCAGGAAGGAAAGCCAGGCUUUGGAAAACAACCUGCGUGAAAUUCUACUCUUAACAGAAAAAAUAGAUGUGCUGACGGUGUUGCUUAGAGACACGCAGGCUGGUCUGCACAAUUACAGCUGGGCAGCCGAGGGAGACGCCCCCAGGGCCCAGGGCCACUCGGAGGAUCUGGACAAGGAAAUGUCAAACUUGGUAAAUUAUGUACUUAAGAAGCUGAGAGAAGACCAAGUGCAGAUGGCUGACUAUGCGCUUAAGUCGGCAGGAGCCUCCAUCGUUGAAGCCGGGACCUCAGAGAGUUACAAGAGCGAUAAGGCCAAGCUGUCCUGGCGCGGCGUCGGGCUCCUCAACUACCAGAUGCCUCCGGACGUCGUCCUCCAGCCAGAUGUCCACCCCGGAAAGUGCUGGGCCUUCCCAGGAUCCCAGGGUCAUGUCCUAAUCAAGCUCGCCGGGGACAUCAUCCCAACUGCUGUCACCAUGGAACACAUCUCCGAGAAGGUGUCCCCCUCGGGUAGCAUCUCCAGUGCCCCCAAGGAGUUUUCUGUCCAUGGCAUCUUGACACAGUGUGAAGGAGAAGAGGUUUUCCUAGGUCGGUUUGUGUACAACAAAACCAGAGCCACUGUGCAAACGUUUGAGCUGCAGCAUGAAGUUUCUGAACCCUUAUUCUGCGUGAAACUUAAAAUCCUCAGCAACUGGGGACACCCGAAGUACACAUGUUUAUACAGAUUCCGGGUCCACGGCAGCCCGGGGGACCCCAGCUAG